UAUCACAUGAAGUUAUAAAGUCUUUUCUGGGAAUGUUUACAAGACGAGAGUCACGUUUCCGCCAUGAAGUUAAUAUUAGCUAGCUAGUUAGCCAGGAAGGGUGCCGACGGUUGAAGCAGGUUUUCAUGAAUGAGCGUAGUGGCCAAACGGUGGUACUACAACAUUUAUGACGUCAUUGUGGGCCAACAUUUUUUUUUAAAUUGACGUACAUUUGGAAAAAACACUUCCGAAAGUAUUUCAAUAAAUCUAUACUGCAGAUAAGAACCCGUUACCUUUUCUUUCACUCAUCUGGUGUGCCUUUUUCCCUCCUAAUGCAUUUAGCUGGAGAUCGGAGUUGGGGGCUUAACGGAAAAGUCUACUGCGCAUGCUCCGUGGGCCCAAAUGUGGUACUUCCUGAAUCUACAGUCACUUCAUCUGUGCUUCACUGAGCAACUCUCAUAGGAACAAACAGAGCUCCUCCUCCAACACUGUUUCCAGUUCUCUUUAUACUCCAUGGCUCUCUGACGGAAACAGCACUAGUGUUCCACUAAGCUCUCCUGUAUAACAGCUCACCUGUCUCUGUGCAGAAAUGGUUCUCUCUCUGCUGAGUCUUUGUGCCUCGGAGGUGGUGCGGGACCACAGCUCGUCCCCAUGCUGGCUGAGUUUCGUCCCCAUGGAGCUGUUCAGACCCCUGCUGGAGGCCUCUCUCUCCGGCUGCAGACCUCUGGCUGUCGGGGAGUUGGUGCAGCGGUGGCCUGAACGCACCCUGCGGGUCCGGAGGAAACCAGCCCCGAACAGACUCUGUAUCCAGGCUCUGCUGCUGGCGGUGGUGAGGGGACUGCUGGACCCCAGGUGUGCCCUGCAGAUGCUGGAUCUGUGUGGGCUGCAGGGAAACGAGGGGGGGACAGGGGACCCGAUGGGAGGCUGGUCCCUCACUGUGGCCCUCUGCACCAUGGUGGUCCAGGCCAGGAGUGGAGCCCAGAGAGCACAGAGGGAGAGGAAGAGGUGCUCAGAUCUGGAGAGGGAACAGGACGUGAAGAGGGAGAGGGCGGGAAACCACACAGGGGAUGAAGAAGUGGCGGGAAGUGACACAUGUGGUGAAGAGGAGCUGAUUCCCGGUGUGAGGAGGAGGAUGGAGGUGGAGAGGAAGAGGGAACCUACAAGCACAGGAUCAGGAAGUAAACAGGAAGUGAAAGACAGUGAAGUGUUGGUGCAUGUGAGGGCAGAUCUGUUUGUGAAUGCCAGAUCCUGGGAGCGAGUGCGCGGGGCUCUGACCACAUCCGGACCCCUGAAUCUGCAGUGCAGGUACCUGCGAGUGGAGGAGAUCUCCGUGUCCAGUAUCAAGACUCUGCUGGGUUUGCUCCCUCAGCAGGGGCUUCUGGGACUUGAUGUCCGCUACAGUAACAUUGGGGUGGCUGGUCUGGCGGAGCUUCUGCCUCUGCUGUCCAGCUUCCCUGCUCUGAGCUCUCUACGUCUGCAUUACUGCAACCUGGAUUUACGUAGAGAGCAGCCCGACCAGGGGGAGGCUUUAAAGGAAUUAUCUGAGGGUCUCAAACAGCUGCAGGAACUCAGGCGCCUCAGCCUCACCGCUCUUCGUCUGCCGGGACAACUCAGAGUGCUGCUCAGCUCCCUGCCUCAGCCUCUGGAGAUCCUGGAGCUGCCGUACCUGAGCCUGAGUCCUGCAGACCUGUCCUACUUGUCCUGCAGCCACCACACCCCCACGCUACAGCAGCUGGACCUCAGUGAGAACCGUCUGGAUGAAGACACUCUGAGCUCUAUCCGCCGCCUCCUCUCUCAGGCCUCCGGCAGCCUGCUGCACCUGUCUCUGAGUGGAUGUGGACUCACUGAUAACCUGCUGGGGCUCCUGCUGCCUUCGUUAGGCUGCUGCCGGGCCCUCAGGAGCCUAGCGUUGGCCCUGAACCCGCUCUCCAUCGCCGGGCUCAUGCAGCUGGUGAGGACGGCGGUGAGGAUGCCUUCUCUGCGGCAGCUUCUGUACCCGAACCCUCUGGAGGAUUACCAGCCGGGGCUGCCGGAGCUGCCCUCCAGCGCCCAGCUGUUAGACUGGCCCCUGGACGACGCUGCAGAUAUCAACUUCACCAGCAGCCAGAUCAACAGAGCGCUGAAGGAGAGCGGGAGGUCGGACCUGCUGCUGACCUGCGACCUGCUGAACUACGAUAAAGACUUGGUGGAUUAAAGUACAGGAACAAAGAACACCUGACGAUCUAACGAUCACCGGGAGAACUUUUGAUCUUUUCUUUAUCAAGUGAUGAAGACUUCUAUUGGACUCCUUUGUUUACUUCCUGAACCAAGUGACAUUACUACCGAACAAUCGCGCUCCUAUUGGCUAGCACUCCAACACAUUGUAUGCUAAGGGGCGGGACAUCUGAGUGGUUGACCAAUCACAACAGAAUGCAGGACUUAUGACAGAGUAUUUUGACAAUUUAGUGAGUAUAAAAUCUGAGUGUCUCUCCUCCCUCUGAACAGGACGCAUGGAGGUGAGGUGCUUUAAUGAAAUGGUGCUCUACUACUCUAAUAAUUCUCCUUGUUGUAUACAUGAAAUUGUCAGACACGCUAUCAUCAGGAUGACAUUUUUUACCCUCUUGUUAUGACAAGUUAUGUGCCUUAACAGCUGUUUCUAUAAGGCAUUAACUCAUCAGUGUGUACACACACAUCAACACCCUGUUUAAUGUGUGUUUCAUAUGAAUUGAAUGUGUCUGCAUUUAGGAUUGUUUCGGAGUGAUUCUUUUUGAGCUGUUUUUCCAUUUUUGUCUUUUCUUGAACGUCUCCUUUAUCCUACAGGAAAGCAUUAUACUGUUCCAAAAUAAAUCAGUCUUAAAGCUGA